AUGCGCGGCGCAGAUGGCCCACCAGAUAACGCUCAAGAAGUGAGGCCGGAUACUCGCAAACGAAGGGAUGAGAAACAAAAACGGAAAAAAAUACUUCGGGAGAAAAAAAAAAAAAAGGAAAAGGGGUAUUGUAGUAGAUCAGGCCUGGAUGCUCUCACGAGCUUUGCGUCGUUGCGCAAGAAAAAAUUGGGUGGUGGGGUUCAUCUCUUGUUUUCUUGUUCUUGUUUCUUCUAUUCGUUUCUUCGGGUUCUUCUUUUCUCCCUAUUUCUCAUUUUGGAUUUUGGAUUUUUAGGGUUUUUUUUCUGGUUAUUCUUCUGCCCGAAGUAA